AGGCAGCAGACGCCCUACGUGGUGUGACGUGGUGAUGGUGAGGAGGGAGAGUGGAGAGUAAGAUAAAGGGAGAUACAGAGCGGCCGGCCACUCCUGCUUCAUCACCACCUCAGAAUCGAGCUAUUAGCUCUUGGACCCCGCCUUUCCCCGACCGACGUGUGCAGGUGGCAGAGUGAGGAUGGGGCGCUCCGUGCGGUGUGUCAUAAUGUGGCUGGUGGUGACGGUGGCGCUGGCGGAGGAGUCUGAGGCGCCAGGGGACCUGGGGAAGGACACGCAGCUUGGGGAGAUAUCUGAGGUGCCGGUGGUGACGACCAUCUCAGGCGAGGUGUCUGGGGUGCUGGAGCAGUCUCUAGGAGGCAAGACCUUUUAUUCCUAUUACUCCAUACCAUAUGCUGAGCCGCCUGUCGGAGACCUCAGAUUCAAAGACCCUGUAGAAGUGAAGAAAUGGGAGGGUAUUAAAGACGGCUCGAAGAUGCCUCCCUUCUGCCCCCAGUACACAAUGAUCUCACUCAUCACCGGCAGAAAUGUCGACCUCGUCGGCAAUGAAGACUGUCUAUUCCUCAACAUAUUCACGCCAAAGCCUGUCGAGGAGUAUCCCCUGUUGCCUGUGAUGGUGUACAUCCACGGUGGCGGGUGGAUGAGUGGCGGCACUCUGGAGUACCCUCCACACGUCCUCCUUGACCAUAACAUUGUCCUCGUCACUAUUCAGUACCGACUUGGAAUACUCGGUUUCCUUUCUACGGAAGACGAAGCAGCUCCUGGUAAUCUGGGACUGAAGGACCAGACCCUGGCCUUAACCUGGGUGCAGAAGAACAUCCACAAAUUUGGUGGCGACGCUCUUAAAGUGACGUUGUUUGGGGAGAGUGCUGGCGCCGGGUCCGUUCACUUUCAGAUUCUUACACACAAGGCACUAGGACUGUUCCAGCAGGCUAUCCUGCAGUCUGGGUCAGCACUGUGUCCGUGGUCGCUGGGUGGAGCACACGCCGCCGUCGCCCAGUACAUCGGCGAGUACUUCAACUGCACCACAGAGGACAGUCACCAGCUUAUCUCCUGUCUUCAAGCAGUUGACACCAACAAGCUCGUCCCACUCUUGCUCCACUUUGCGCAGUGGCAUAUGAACCCGCUGUUGCUGGGCCCAAGAGUCGACGGAGAGUUCCUGGUCUCUGACCCCGCGACUCUCCUCAAGGAUGGAAGGCAGAAGAACGUCCAUCUCAUUACCGGAAUCACUCAACAUGAAGGGGCCUUAAUUGCCUUACCAAUGUUCGGCAACGAAGGCCUACGAUCAGCCCUUAAAUACAACUUCAUACAGAACGGCCCGAUAUCCUUGGAGUUUGGCGAGGGUGAUGUAUCUCCUCUGAACCAGACGGUGAAGAUAUUUGAUCACUACCUGGGAGGCAUCCAUCUGGACGUCAUCCACGCUGAUAACGUCACACAGAUGUAUGGCGACCGGUACUUCGCCGUGUGCCACGACCUCACCUCCAGCCUCCACGCCAAGAACGUCGCCAGGAAGAAAAAGAAUACGUACAGGUAUGAGCUGAGGCACCGAGGACAGCGCUCCACCGCAGACCUCUUCUCCCUUAAUAUUGGCCAGAACUGGGUGUCACACACGGACGAGCUCUUCUACCUGUUCAGUGGCGGUCCUCUAUGGGCGCCGCUGGAGCGGGACGAGGACCUCAAGCUCCGUAACAUCAUCACAACCUUAUGGACAAACUUUGCAACUACCGGGAACCCCACCCCAGACGACAGUCUGGGCUUCACCUGGGACCCCAUCACUGAUAACGACUUCCGCCACCUUGCUCUUACACCUUCUCCCGCCAUGCAAGACGACUAUAGACAGGAGACGCGGGAGUUCUGGUCAUCUCUACCUCUCAAGCAAAAUCUGAUACUUCACCCUGAUAAAGUACUCAACAUUGUAUACGUCCCUGUUGAAGAAACAAAGACUGAACCUGUUGAAGAAAUAGAGACUGAGCCUGUUGAAGGAACUGUGCAGGAUCAGGAAGAUCCUACACAAAGUCUGGACCCUCCUGCUCAGACUGAGGAAUAUCUGUCUGUAAAGGAAGAUACUGAAGGAAAUGAAGCUAAGAGUCCAGAAGAUGAGCAUAAAGAGAAGAAAGAUGAACUUUAAAUAUUAAAAAUUAUUAUAGGCUCAAUAAUAGUUUCAUUUCGAAUACAAAAAUAUUAUGGGUAAUUUAAUUAUAACUUCUCAACUACGUCAGUCAAAUAAAGAGUUAUAUAAUUUUGUCUUUCAUCUAGUACUACAUAACAUACUGCAAUUGACAGUCUAUAUAGUUAAGCAUAUAAUUAUGAAUUUCCCUAAUAAAACUUAGAAUGUACAAUACCACACAAACUUAGAGUACACUCAAAUAACUCUGCCCAUCUGAAAUAAAUAUAUCCCGUUUUAUUUCAUAUAAAAUUUUGUUCACAUUUUUUGUAUUAUAAUAACACUUUAUCGGGAAAAAAUCUAUAUAUGGAAUUAAAGUGUUGGUGAUGGCUGGUAGCCUCCUCCCAGUGUCCUAGCAGUUCAUUCUUGUUCGAAAUAGAUAUAUUAAUCUGUUUUAGAACAAUAAUCCUCAUAAUGAUGCUUUUACAUUAUCUUUUAAGUGCUUAAUGUAAAGUUAUUAAAUGUUUAUGCCGUGUGUUUGAUACUUUAUCGCGUAAUGUUCAAUACUUGUAACCGACAUUGUUAGAAAAUAUACGAGAGUAAAUAUGAAAAGUUUUAUAAAUCAAUAAACAUUUCUAAGCCAAA